UCUCCCCGUGCACCGCCACACUCCUCCACGACCAGCCAGCGACCAAUGCCGCCGAUCGCGGCCGCGGCCACCGCCGCGCUCCCUUCGCCCUCCUCCUCCCACCGCCGCCUCCCCGCCACCGCAAAAUCCGUCUGGGUAAACCCCAGCCUCCCCAGCUCCCACCCCCUCCGCCGCAAGCCCCCCGAGCCCCAGCAGCAGCACCAGGACCACGUGCCGGACCUCCCCGCGCUCCUCGCGGAGCUCUCCGCCGCGCGCACGGCCUCCGACCUGGCCGCCGCGCUCUCCCCGCACCGCCCCGUCUCCCCGCGCCUCCUCGGCACGCUCCUCUCCCGCCUGCCCGACGCGCGCCGCGGCGUCGCGCUGCUCGACCUCCUCGCGCCGGACCUCCCCGCCUCCGCGCUCCUCAUACCGUACAACCUCCUGCUCCGCUCCGCCUGCCGCGCCGGGAUGCUCCGCCUCGCGUCCGGCCUCCUCCUGGAGAUGCGGGACAGGGGGGUCGCCCCCGACGCGUUCUCGUACUCCACGCUCCUCGCCGCGCUCACCCGUGCGGGACACCUCGACCACGCGCUCACCUUCCUGCCGCUCAUGGAGGACGACGCCGUGGCCCCUGACCUCGUGCUCUUCUCCAACCUCAUCCACCUCGCCCUCCGCGCGGGCGACGCGCCCAAGGCGCUGGCGCUCUUCUCCCGCCUCCGGGCCGCGGGGAUCAAGCCCGACCUCAAGGCCUACAACGCCGCCAUCGCCGCGUACUGCAAGUCCGGCCUGCUCCGGGACGCCAAGCGGCUCCUCCUCCACGACAUUCCCUCCGACGGCGUCGCGCCCGACGCGGAGUCCUACUCCCCCAUCCUCGCCGCGCUGGCGCGCCGCGGCCAGCACCUCGCCGCCGUUUCGCUCUUCACCCACAUGCGCUCCGUGGCGGGCGUCAAGCCCGACCUGUCGGUGUUCAACAUCGUGCUCAACGCGUACGGGCAGCUCGACCUCGCGCGCGACGCGGACCGCCUGUUCUGGUCCAUGCGCCGUGCUGGGGUAACCCCGAGCGUGGUGACCUACAAUACCAUGCUCCGCGUGUACGGCGACGCCGGGCUGUUCGGGGAAGCGGUUCACCUGUUCGGCCUCAUGCGCACCGCCGCCUCCGAUGGCGGUGAUCGCGGUGGCAGCGUCAAGCCGAACGUGGUGACGUACAACACCAUGAUCGCCAUCUACGGCAAGUCGCUGGAGGACGAGAAGGCGGGGAGCCUGGUGCAGGACAUGCAAGCCAAUGGCAUCCCGCCCAAUGCCAUUACCUACUCCACCAUCUUGUCCAUAUGGGUGAAGGCCGGGAAGCUCGACCGUGCCGGCAAGCUGUUCGGUAAGCUCCGCGAGGCCGGCACGGAGAUUGACCCGGUGCUGUACCAGACGAUGGUCGUCGCCUACGAGCGCGCCGGGCUUGUUUCACAGGCCAAGCGUCUGUUGCAUGAGCUCAAAGACUCAGAGGACGUCCCCAAGGAGACAUCCAUCAAAAUCUUGGCGAGUGCCGGCCGGGUGGAGGAGGCCGCGUGGCUGUUCCGCCGCGCAGCCGACGCCGGCGAGAUCAGGGACACAUCGGUGUACCGAACGAUGGUCGACUUGUUCGCAAAGAACCGGAGGCACCGGAAUGUGGUUGAGGUGUUCGACGAAAUGAGGAAGGCAGGCUCUCUACCGGACUCGGAGACGAUUGCCAUCACCAUGAAUGCUCAUGGUAAGCUGAAGGAGUUCGACGAGGCGGCCGAGCUGUACCGGGCGAUGAGGGAGGAAGGGUGCGUCUUCUCAGACAGAGUGCACUUCCAGAUGGUCAGCCUGCUUGGUGCUCAGAAGGACUUCGACGCUCUGGAAGCACUGCUCGGUGAGCUUAGCGACGACCCGAGCAUCGACAAGAGGGAGCUUUACCUUGUGGCUGCCGGCGUGUAUGAGAGAGCAUGCAAGUUUGAUGAGUCGUCCCAGAUUAUCAGACAGAUAAGAAGCCCCAAUGCUUUUGGUGCCAAUGAAGUUCAGACGAGAAGAUCCAGUAUCUCCGGCGACAGAUUCAGGCAAGACAGCAAUGCUGUCACUGAAAACUCAAGGCUGUAAACCUGCAAGUGCUCGUGGCCACUGUAGAAGUUAUUUUUCAGUUAAAUUUUAGAUACCGAUGUGUUAUCAUUCAUCGGUGGCUCGGUGCCGCUUGUUUGGGCAUAGGCCUUUGUAAAUAAUAUCA